AUGCACGGUUUCAACCUUUGUACCUCAAUAUUUUGUCUGUCCAUAGGACUAUAUAUACCCCCUUGUUUGUUAUCAACACUCACUCAUAUUCCCAUACUCAUUUCACUCAUUUUAUUCUUUGAUUUUAUUUUAAGGAGAAAAUGACCAUACUUGUUGAGCAUGUGGACUUUGGGUCCCAAUUUGAUGAUAAAAAUGUGCAUUCUGAAGACAUCAAUGAACUUGUUCUUGAUGGUGGAUUUCCUCAACCAAAAAAUGCUUCUCAGAAUACAUUCUUCGCCCCAGAAAUCAAUGCAUUUGGCCAUUCCUUCAGGAACUAUGAUGAAGAAAGUGAAAGGCAAAAAGGGGUUGAGGAAUUCUAUAGGUUGCAACACAUCAACCAAACAUAUGAUUUUGUGAAGAAAAUGAGGGAGGAAUACAAAAAACUAGACAAAGCAGAAAUGAGCAUUUGGGAAUGUUGUGAAUUGCUAAAUGAGGUUGUGGAUGAAAGUGAUCCUGAUUUGGAUGAACCACAAAUUCAACAUUUGCUGCAAUCCGCUGAAGCUAUUAGAAAAGAUUAUCCUAAUGAAGAUUGGUUACAUUUGACUGCUCUCAUCCAUGAUCUUGGAAAAAUUCUUCUGCUUCCUAAAUUUGGUGAAUUACCUCAAUGGGCUGUUGUUGGAGACACAUUUCCCUUAGGUUGUGCCUUUGAUGAAUCAAAUGUUCACCACAAGUAUUUCAAGGAGAACCCUGAUAUCAAAUCCCCUGCUUAUAACACUAAAAAUGGGAUCUACAAUGAAGGAUGUGGACUAGACAAUGUGAUGAUGUCAUGGGGACAUGAUGAUUAUAUGACUAUGGUUGCUAAGGAAAAUGGCUCCACUUUGCCAAAUGCUGGAUUGUUCAUUAUCAGAUACCAUUCCUUUUACCCUUUGCAUAAGGAAGGUGCAUACACUCACUUGAUGAAUGAAGAAGAUUUUGAGAAUUUGAAGUGGCUUCACAUAUUUAACAAAUAUGAUCUCUACAGCAAAAGCAAAGUUCUAGUUGACGUGGAAGAAGUGAGGCCAUAUUAUCUAUCACUUAUUGAGAAGUAUUUCCCUGCAAAGCUUAGAUGGUGACACUAGAGAGUAGAGAUUAAGGAUUGAGGGGUCAAAGAUCUGAAGGAAACGUAUACUGAAUUAUUCUGGGGGGCGAUUUACAAGAUUAUUAGUUGAUUUAUUUGUUGGCAAUGUUUCAAAAUGCAGUUCUUUAUGUUUGGUGUAAUAUACUCUCUUGCAGUCCGUAUGCAGUCAAAUAAAUAAACUAUUUACAAUUAUCUAUA